GCAAACUGAAGGCCCUAUGGCAUUCUUACUUGGGCCUGCAUCAGAAAAACGCCAGUGUAUGCCAUAGGUGACUCUUCAGCGCAGUGUAUGCCACGACUCACUCGAUCACAGACCAAGACCAUGGACCGGAAGGAGGGAAUUCCCUCCUGGCCUAUUGAGGAACGCCUGGCUGCUUUCAUCCAGGAGGCCAACAACAGGGCUGCCGCCGCGGCCAAGGAACGUGGUUGGAUUGAGCAAGAAGAAGAGGCUAAGCGACAGAAGGAAGAACAGGACCGACUUCGUCAAGAGGAGGCAGACCUGCAGGCGACAGCCGAACACCGGUCACGCCAACGGGAACGACUGUUCACGCGGGAGACCGUGAUCGACGAUGAGGCCGCACAUUGGGUGCAAGUGGCAUCUACAGACGAGGCCCCGGAGACUGAGAAAGGGUUGUCAGCCUUUGCGCAGGUCUCCCACGACCUCGUGGCCACCUGCGUUCUGCAGCAGGAGGAAAUCCUCCACCUGCAGCAGACAGUGGACCAGAUGCUCGCAUGGCUGCAGGCGUUGGAAAAACAGCCAGCUGCUGUAGCAGCCGCAGGGCCUUCAAACCUUGCCACCCGUGUUCAAGUUUUGGAGGACGACGUCAGCAAUAUCAAGCGUGUGCAUCAGGACUUCAGGACGUCGCAGCAAGCAACGAACUUGCAGUUAGAGACGCAGGUCCAGGCUGCUGCCACCGUGACGCCCGCCGCCGCAUCCUCCAGGCGCCCACCCAAGCUAGAUGACAUUCCAGUUUUCUGCGAUCAGUCCAAGACGGAACMGAUCCCGUGGUGGCGCCAGUUUACUCUCAGGCUCGACAUGCACCAUGUCCAUAACAAUGAUCGACAUUCGUGCUUGUACCACCGAUCUGGUGGUGCGUGUCAAGCAUGGCUGGACAACAUCUUGACCAGCCACGGCGUAGCAGUGUCGGAACUGCACACCAAGCUCACUUGGCAGGAGUUGACUGACGCCUGGCACAAGCGAUUCCAAGUGGAGCCGCCCGACCUGCAAGCGAUGGACAAGCUCAACAAGCUCCAUCAGAACAUGCUGCUCAGUCAGGAUUGGAUUACCGAGUUCCAAAGACUCGCCUCCACACCUGACCUGCCGCUCGCAUUMCGCGCCAUCAAGCACUUGUUUAUCAUGCGCUCGUGUCCAGCUCUGCAAAACGCGCUGACGCAGAUUGCAGAGACACUCGACACAUCUGACAAGCUUUUCAGCACAGCGUCACAGAUCAUUCUCACGAAUAUCGAAGCCCGCAACGCCAGCCGAUCUUCCGCGACGACGAGCGACACCCAGCCCAAGCCAAAGGUGGCUUGCAUUACUUCUACCGAGGCUGCAACACCAAACGAGGGUGAAGUGUUGGCAGCUGCCCGGGAUGGUGGUCGGCCGCGCAACAACCACGGCCGCGACAAGACGAAGACUCAGUCYACCUCUACACKGAGCACCGGAUCAGCCGCCGACAAACCUUGGGCACAAUACGGACUCUCGGCGAAUUCCUAUCKCWCGCGACUCAAGUACCGUUAUUGCCUUUGGUGCAACAGCACCAUCCGCGAUGCUGCACAUUGCCCCACCAAGGGGAAACCCCGUCCGGGAAAGUAGGCGCCGCCGAGGGUGACUCGACACCUCCCUCGACGCCAUCGGAAGCGGUUGUGGCCACGACCGCCCUUUCUUCCGAGGCAUAUGCGGAUGUCGGGAGUCUUCCACUUUCGUUCGAAGACUUCGCUGCCCGGCGAGUUCCUUCACUGGAUGCUUCUCAAGGACAAGAUACAUGUGCGGCUUUCUCACCAUCCGAAGGUUCUUCCGCCAGUUCGUCUUCAUCAAGGGAUUCGGCAAGCGUGUUCAACGAGGAGGCUUUGGACCCGCUCACGCCCGAGGAUUUCGCUUGGGUUCCUCUCCCUACGACGGGCAAUCUUCCGGGGCCGCAAAGCGCAGCACUAUGCGCCCUCUUACACGA